CGAGGCACUAGGUAUUCGCGCAUAUUAUUUUUCUCAAAGUGAUUAUUGCCCUGACGCGAGUGGAAAAAUCCUUGAAAAUCGACAGAAUGAAAUCAUCGACCGUGAAGCGAGGAGGCAGAACGCUUGCUCGUGCGUGAUUGUAACUGAGACAGUGUAGGCCCGAUUUUGAAUUAUUAUUAGAGCGCGUCUCAGAUCACAAGUCUGUGGAUCGGUUUGGUGAUUUCUUUUUCCGGGGUGAAAAUAUUGUGGCCGCCAGUUGAAAAUGAACGGCAAUCCGGGAGUGACCUUAUUCAACGAUGGUGGAAGCAUUCAGGUUAAUAAUACCAGUGCUCUACAUCGAGCCGAAGAGGAGGAAGCACUGGAAGAUCAACAAAGACGGGAGAAAGAGCUGGCCAAGGAGAUAGUAAACGCGUUUGAUGAUUUGAUUGAUGACGAAGAUCAAAACGAUACGCUGAAUUCGCUAAACUAUUCAUCGCAUCAUUCCGAACAUUCACCACCACCACCUACGCCGCGUCCCAAGGGGGAAAGAGUUUUGGAAGGAAUUGGGAUGAAGAAUGGUGGAAUUGGCAUCGGUGGUGGAGGUGAUGGUCACCAUAUGCUAGAAGUGUCCCAUUGGAAGCAGAUGUACGAAUCAAAAUGUCGUGAAUUUGAGCACGUCACCAGGAUGAUGCAUGACAAAAGCAAGGAAUUCGAACAGCAGGCUAAUGAACACAAAAAGCGACUCAUGUUGGCCGAAGGCGAGCGGGACCGAGCAAACAUGACCCGAAAGCAGACUCACGACAUCUUAGUGGAAAGUAAAACUAAGAUCUCUGAACAGGAAGAUACAAUCUCUAAAUUGAAAGCCAAAAUCAAAUCUAUGGAGGACACGAAUCUUAAGCUAGAAGUAGAUCUGGAGCAUAAGAAGACGAUGCUCCAGGAUACACUUCACAAGUAUCACAUGGUGGAACAGUCGGUGGGUAUGAAGGCCGACCGUCAUACCGAUCAUUUACUGAAGCAAGCCGAAGAGAAACACAAUGCGAAGAUGGCAAUGAUGCAACAGCAAGUUGAUAAUCUUCGCUCGGAAUUGGACGAUCGAGUGCAGGAAGUUCGACGCUUGGAAGUGCGUUACAAAGAACUACAAUCGCUGAGGGAUGCAUUGUUGGUUGAAAAAACUGAAACUAUCCAAAGGUUGCAGGAUAGUCUGGAAGACUCGCAGAGGCAGUGCGAGAAUUUGAUGGCGAAAACCAUGAACAUUACCAGUUUUAGUCAGGACAAUCUGCGACUUAAAACUAAGGUGAACGCGCUGGAGCAGCAAACUCAAGAUAUGCAGAAGACGAUCAGUACACUAACGCACAAACUCGAGACCACUAAUGCUGAGCUGGAAAUGAUGGACAGUGUUAUUAGCUCUGGUGAUGAACACGGUGGCAGUCCAGGUCGAGAUGGCACCUGUACUUUUGCGGUUUCGCGUAAGAAUCUAAUCGGUAGCACCCCGAUCAAUCCGAGUGCCAACAGAAAUACUGAAGAUCGUGUUGCGAAAUUGAAGCAAGAACUACUACUUAGCAUGAAUGGACAAAAGGAGAAAAGGGAAACGAUCAAACGACUCGAAACGGACCUCGCCACCCGGGAACGGGAGAUUCAACAGCUGAAAAAGGACGAAAGCCUGGCACUGGUGCAAAUGAAUCAGUACAAGGAGGAGGCAUUUCGAGUGAAUUCCAAGUGUAAAAUUCUGGAAGGAGAGCUGGAAAAGUUGUACAAAAAAGAACAGAACGGAUCCAAACAGGGACGAAGAUCUAGCUACGAUAAGCAGGAAGCACUGGAGGAUAAGAUUUUUGCACUAAAACAGGAAAAAGCAAAACUAGAGGACAGGGUCGAAAAAUUGGAAAAAGAUAAUCAGCAACUGGAAGAGCGAACGAAAAAAAUGGAAAUAAAUUCUCAAUCGCUUGACACAAUCAAACUUGAAUUGGAGAAACAAAAGUUCCUUCUCAAAGACUCGCAGGGUGAGUGUGAGCGGUUGAAAAACUUGUACAUUAAGAUGUCCGGCUGUAAGGAUGCUCUGAAUAGAGAGCUGGCCACGCUGAAAACUCAGGAUAUGGCAAAAGAGAUCUCCAUGCUAAGGGAGAAGGUAGCCUCGUUGGAACGAGCUCUCCAGCUAGCAGAAUUGAAAUCUUCAGAGUUGACAAAGUUGCUCGAUAAGGAGAAGAUCACACACGAAUCGCUGCUGAGGGAAUUGCAGGAGAGACACGAUAGCAGUCAAGAGCCCAAAGACAAGAAACAGUCGUCCAAUAGCUGCGCUAGAUGUAUUGACAAUCUGACGGAAAUAUCGAAGAUGGAGAUCCAAAACCUGCAGCUGCAGAAUACCUGCGCAUCGCACCUGAAAAACAUCAACGAGUUUAAAAAUGCCCUGAAAGAGGCCCGUUCGACCAUAAACACGAUGCAUGAAAAACUCGACCUAAAAGCGGAACGAGAUCACUUGAUCGAUGAGCUGAAGGAGAAGGCGGUCCAAUUUGAACAGUUUAUGCGGGCUCAAAAUACCAGCAACAGCAGCAGCAGUGGCAACAGUUCGACCAAGGACAGUGCUACCUCCCCGCAUCCCCAGCCGGAGAAACGAAUGCGAUCGUCACGUGAUCAAAGCGUUAAUACGUCCUCGGAGUAUCACGAGCUAAAUGAGAUGGAAAAUAGGAAAGUGACUCGUGAGCAAGAGCACAGGAUACGGGAGGAAAUGGCGCGUGCUUUCGCUGCGGAAAUCAAAGUGAUAGAGGAAAAGUUUAAGGAACAGUUUGGCAAGUUUGAGCAGAAUAUUACAGAACUGAAGAAACAGCUACAUGACAGGGUGAAUGAUUUGCUGUUGCGUAACAAGGAGGUUGAAGUGCUGAAGUAUGCAAUCGUAACCGAAAGAGAAAAAAUGACGGAAAUGUUGGCCAAGAAGGACGAGGAUGCGAGGGCGCUUUUCGAUAAACAGGCAGAAGUGAUGAAGAAGUACAAGGCCGAACUGAACAACACGCAGCGGAAGGUGCAAUUUUUGGAGGGAGAACUCCAAGAGAAGCGAGAGCUGAUACAAGCUGAACGUGAAUCGAUGGAGAAACUAAUCAAACAGGUCAACGAGGAACGGAAAAUGUUCCAUGAACGUGAGAUCGAAGUUAUUGAAAAGUUUAAAGAAAUUGAAAUCGAGUAUAACAAAAGCCUAGAAAUGGUAAUGGAAAAGUACAACUCAGUCAAAAAGACGGCUCUCAAUUACAAGAAAUAUGCUGAAGACAAGGAACAGCACAUGCUGAAGGAAUACGACCGCAUAAAGGAAGGCUAUAACGCCGCCCUACUCAAGGUACAAAAUCGCAUGAAGGAAGCACUCGAUAGCAAAGAUCGUAGCAUGAAGGAACAGAUCUCAAAAGUCGAAUCGGAAUGCCAAUCCAAGCUUAACAUGCUGAAAGCCAGUACCUAGAAACUCAAAGUACAAUGUGUUCUGCAUCAGGAACUUCAACUGUUCUCUCUAUCAAUUGUAUUUGUACUAUUGUUGCUUUAGAUAUUAAUGUACAUGUACUUAGAAACGCUUCUAGUUAAAAACAAAAAGUAGCGCGGGUUGUAAGCUGAAUAGUGGAACCACGUGAAAUGGCUGCCUUCUUGUUAUGCACUGAGUACGGAUCUGAAGCCGUACUCAUCAAUGUUGAAAACUGCCCCCAACUCAUUCUGCCAUAUCUGAUCAAUCAUUUUAUUUUAAUCACAAAAGGUUUUAUUGGCCAACUAUAGUAAUAAAGGCUCUUCUAUUGUAGGUGAAUGUUUUAAAACAGAAUCAGUUUUACCUCUCGAAUAAGUAUUAACGAAUAGCGAGUAGGAAAGGUAUAUGUUCGCAUA